AUGGCUUCGUCGUCAAAAAUAGACGAAAAGUCGAUACCCGUCUAUGAGACUAGGGAUGAAGAUGACAUCGGUGACGUCGUGUCCGUCAGUCACCUUCAUCGUACCCUCAAUCAUCGUCAGAUCCAAUUGAUCGCAAUUGGUGGCUCAAUUGGCACUGGACUCUUCGUCAGCAUCGGAUAUGGCCUCAUUGAAGGUGGUCCUGGUAGUCUCUUCAUCGCGUUCACCAUGUACUCCAUUUGGCUAGCUUCGGUGAACAACUGUAUGGCAGAGAUGGCUACUUUCAUGCCGGUUGCUGGUGGUUGGGUCCGUAUGGCUACUCACUGGGUAGACGAGGCGUUCGGUUUCAUGUUGGGAUGGAACUUCCUACUUUAUGAGCUCUGCCUAAUUCCUUUCGAAAUCUCUGCUUUGAAUUUAGUCGUUACCUUCUGGAGAGACGACGUGCCUAUAUGGGCAGUAUGCCUGGCCUGCACCGUGUUAUAUGGACUCUUGAACAUCUUUGCCGUCAAGUGGUAUGGUGAAGCAGAAUUCUGGUUGAGCAGUGGAAAAGUUUUGCUCAUUCUGAUCGUCUUUUGUUUCACAUUCAUAACUAUGGUUGGAGGUAAUCCCAAGCACGAUGCCUAUGGCUUCAGAUAUUGGCGCAACCCAGGGUCCUUCGCUGAGUAUGUCACUACUGGAUCUCUUGGACGAUUUCAAGGAUUCCUGGCUGCCCUCUUCCAAGCAGCCUUUACCAUCGUCGGUCCGGAAUAUCUUUCUAUGGUCGCUGGCGAAGCCGUAAACCCUCGUAAAACCAUCAAGAGUGCGUUCAAGACGACCUAUUGGCGAUACGGAAUUUUCUUCAUUGGUGGCGCCCUCUGCUGCGGCAUCGUCACACCCUACAAUGAUGCUGGUCUUAUCGAGAAGCUAAACGGCGAUGGAGCCGGCACAGGCGCUGCUUCUCCUUACGUUGUGGCCAUGAGCAAUCUGGGUAUCGAGGUGCUCCCACACAUCACUAAUGCUCUUCUGGUGACAUCGAUUUUCUCAGCUGGUAACUCGUAUGUGUACUGCUCUAUGCGAUCACUACAUGCUAUGUCGAUGGAAGGCCAUGCUCCGAAGAUCUUCCAAAAGUGCAACAAGAAUGGUGUGCCCGUUUAUGCAUUUGUGGUCCCGAUGCUCUUCUCUUUGAUUUCCUUCCUCUCAUUGAACUCUGGAAGUGCCAAAGUCAUCACAUGGCUAGCCAACCUAACACAGGCGUCCCAGAUGAUUAAUUAUUGUGGUAUGACAAUAGUCUACCUCUUCUUCUACAGAGCUUUGAAGGUCCAAGGAAUUUCUCGCACCAGCCUUCCCUAUAUCGGCUACUGGCAACCCUUCUGCGGUUGGUUCGGUCUCUGCACCAUGGUCUUCACUGUCAUCAUGUACGGCUACACAACCUUCCUGCCUGGCUGGUGGAAUACUGGAACCUUCUUCUCCUACUACACCAUGAUUUUUGUGGCCCUGAUCACGUAUACCGGCUGGAAGCUGAUCAAGAAGUCGAAGAUCAUCAGACCUGAAGAGGCUGAUUUGGUCUGGGAAAGACCAUUGAUUGAUGCUUACGAGGCAUCUCUCAUUGGUGAUCAGUCUACUGGAUUUUGGGAUGACUGUGUGAAGGACUUGGGUCUCAAAAAACGACGCAAGACUGACGAGUCGAUUGAGAUGAACAGCAUGACCUCAUGA